CCAUCAGGCACGCAGGCCAGAAAGGCAUCACAGCAGCUCGCACGAAGUUGGCAUGUCUUGAAGACCUGCAUCGGAUUAGUAGAUGAGCGAGUGGUUUCGAUGCCCUUAAUUCCCACCUUAACUUUUUGUCACGAACUCACGUGCAAGCAAAUCAUAGAUGUUGUCGCAUCCACUUUUUACGCCUCUUCUAUGUUGUUUUUCUUUAUGAGAUCGGAGGAGACCUGCAUAUGUCCCCGCUCCGAGUUGGUCUUGAACCACAUUUCCUAGUGCUCAUUCGAAGGCUUAAUGGACCUCACCGCCAUGACGAAGGCUCUAUUCACAGUCACUCCUUGGCGAGAUAGCGCCGAGCUUCUGAAACUUCGACAAGAUCUGUACAGUGGAGGAUAUGCCCCCGAUGGUGAAAGGAGGGAACGUGCUAUCAACAAGAUAUUAGCAUGGCGGGCAAGAAAACACGAGAUGCCUUUAGCACUAGAUUCUACUGUAGACCUUGUUGAUGCAAUGGUCCAGGAAGAGAAAGGCAGCCUUCCGCAUAACUCUCUUCGUUUGCUAUACGCUGCAGCAAUCUCAAGAUUUGUUACCGGGUUCGCAGAUAGCCAAGCAGGCCUGGCUCGAAACCGGGCACAACCUAUGGAAGAAACUGCACCGCCGUUUGAUUUUCCUGCUAGUUUGUUGGAAACUCGACAUUGCAUUGUACACCGCCAUCUGCCUUCGCUACCACACCUCAAGCAUGCAGCCGAUGAAUCUUUACACUGGUUGUGGUCUUGGUUCUGGGCUCACUUGGAUCUUCUCGAAUCAAAAGAAUCCGCUAGCCCUCCUUCCAAUUCCCUAGACUCGAGAGACGUUGCACAAAACCUCCAAACAAUCCUGAAAACAUAUGUAAGAUACAGGAAAGCAGAACUCAAGAGCCAGCUCCAACUCAAGAGCACAAAGACCGACCGACGCGAGAGCUCAGGGGCAGCAAAAACGGCUGUGAAAGCAUGCGUUGAUGACUCCCAAUUCUCUUCCAAAACUCUCAAACUGCUUAUAGUGCAGCUAGUGGAUCAGAUGUAUAUAAUUCCAUCAGACAAGAAACUUGGUAGCAUAAUGGAGGGUGCAUACCUCAUUUGGACCCCUCUCUUCCUCGUUCUAGUCAAUCACCAACCUUCAUUAUUUCGAGGCCUGAUUACUCACAUACAGGCUACACUCGACACUCCUUCCUCCCCCUUGCUUCCCGUCUCCCUGGAUCCAAAACGAGAGGCAAUGUGUCAAUGGCUUCUACACAUCCUGACAUCAGACGCCUGGUCCAUCCCUCGCAGUCGGUAUCCGGACCAGAAGCUACUAGGAGAAGUGAUGAGUGAAUGCCUUACCUCGGCCUCAUUUUGGAAUUUAAAGCUAGCCGAAUGGGUAUUGAAUGAUAAGGCGGUACGGAAGAGCUAUGGUCAAGAUUUCUGUCAAGCAUGGUCAGACGUGCUAAAAGCUGCGAGAGAAGAGACGGAUGUUGAGAGGAAGAUGGAUGAUGUGGUAGAAAAUACGCAAUCACAAGAUACCACCCCGGACGAGACCCCUACGGAAAUGACGGUGACCAUAGCAACGAAGGGAAAAGGAAUACAGAAAGGGUUAGGGAUGUGGAGGAGACAGCCUAUUGGAGCACUGCCGAUUGUAUGGGGAGAUGAUGAAUGAUCUGGAGAUACUUUAGCAUUGUGAAUGGUGUCCGUCUCAUCUAACCCCAGAUAUCAUAGAUAUGAGAAAACCAGCCUCUCUAACAUCGCUGUUUCGCCGUCUGGUACCUAUACAUGACAAACAUCCCGGCCUGUUACCUCUUUAUAAACCUGAGCAGUUAACUGGAAUCCCCAAAGAUCGUUUUCUGUAAGCAGUU